AUGAGGGAGCUUCAAAAAGAUUUAGAAACAAUGCCUGUUGAGUACACUACCUUGGAGAUGACUCAACUGGAAGCCGAGGUUAAGAAUUCCAAAAUUCUGCUCCAUGACAUAUUAGGUAGGUCUUUAUUAUAUAUAUUAACUUGUUGCUUGACCCUAAUAAAUCAAGUAAAAAAAUGUGCGGCAAUAUCUGGGGCUUUUUUAGAUAACGUGGUCCUAGAAGGCUCUUUAGAUGCCUUAAGACUCCAUGUUUCAGAGGCUAAAGAAUUGUUAGAGAAGGGGAUGCCAAAAUUGGAUCCCAAGGAUCGGAUUCUCUGCAAUUUGUUUGAUGAUGAGGCUCUUGAUUCAAUUGUGUCUGAUUAUUCUCUCAGCAACAAGCUUGCAGAACAAAUUGCUAAUAGUUUAAGGAUUGCAUUGGAAAGUGAUUUUUUUUCCACUGAACUGGCUAAGUUAAAGGUGGAGAGGACCGAGGCAGUAGAAUUGAGGGGAAAGGUGUAUUCAUUGUAUUUGGAACAAUUCAUUGUUCUGCUAGAGAAGGCGAUUGUAUCGAAGCGUAAGCCUGUUCGAAUUGAUUCUUAUGAGAAGGUUGAUAAUAUCUAUAGAGAAAUUCUUAUUCUUCCUUUACAAUCAUUUAUUUGCCUCAUAACUAAGGAUGUCAUGAGGGAUGCAGUGCAGAUUGCUUCUGGUCAGACCUAUGAGCGUUCUGCAAUUGAGAGAUGGUUUGGAAAGGGUCAUACCAGGUGUCCGACAAGGGUCGAGUUGAAGAACUGUAAGAUGAAACCAAUUUUUUCUCUGAAACAAUCAAUUGCAGAAUGGAGAGAGAGAAAUUACAAUAUUAGGUUGGAAAAUGCAAACGAGCUUCUCAACAAUGUGGAGAGUAAUGAAGAAUAA